AUGCCGCUCCUCGGCGUCUUCAUGAAGCAACCAGGUGCGCCUUGCGUCUUCUCUUCCACACUGGAUCCACCCAACCGCAUCCCUGCCACACGCUUCUGCCCGCCGAAGAACCUCGCCAGCCCGGGCUGGGCGUUCCGAGGCUGCCGCAAUGGGCUUGCGAUCUUCCUCAACUGGGUGCAACGAGAGGUCUACUUGUGGGACCCCAUCUCUAACCAGCAGCGUCGCAUUUCUUUCCCAUUUCCACUCAGGUUCACUGAUGGUGCACCAAAGAUCGUGCUAAAUGCUGGGAUGGUGUGCGCCGACAACCACGCUGACCAUUUACAUGGUGCCUGCUUGCUGAGCCCGUUCAAAUUUGUUGUGGUGUGCAACAACAUGAAUCAAGACCAUAUAUAUGCCUGCCUCUUUGAAUCGGGAUCUGGCAUGUGGGGAGAUAUCAUAACUGUGGAGGCUACAAUGGCCGAUCCGACGAUCGAUCCAACCAGCCCUAGCAUCUUCGUUGGGAACAAACUUUGUUGGUUGCUUUGUGAAGGUGAUAUCCUUCAAUUUGAUUUGGAAAGUCAGAGUCUUUCUGUGAUCAGGAAGCCGUUUGAAGCCUGUUUUAUGGAUCCUUUAUCCCCACAUUGCUUCCAAAUCAUGCGGACACGGGAUAAUGGAAUUGGUCUGGUAAUUCUUUUAGGACCGAAUAUUCAAAUAUGGGAGUGGAAGCCAGAAUAUGAAACGUCAUGGGUGAUGCGAAAAACCAUCCAACUGGGUGACCUACUUACGCCAAGAUUGUUCAUAGAGAAUGGUGUUGGAGAUAUGCCCUAG